UGCAGGUAUGGUUACUGCCCAUGAUGGUUCCGAGCACACUCGACGACUGUCUGCGGAUCCUGGCACACGACUAGAGUCUUCUGGCCUUUAACCGACCUUCAGCUCCAAACCCUGUCCCCAGACACCUAAUCAGUUUGUUCGUGACUGAUUUGAGGCUCGCAGCCAAGUGAGAAACAGAAGGGAGAGACCUGCGAUGUUGGGGCCCAAAGUGGAGACAGGGGGAAAUGAUUGUCAGGAAACUGAGCCUGCAGAAUCGAGCCAGGAAGGUCUAUAGAAUAGAGCCACCUCGGCGCUUCACUUGGACAGGCUGUUUGGCUGGUUGCUAAGGCGAGGUUGGCAGCUACUCGGACGUCAACCUGACUACUGGAAGUAAGAAAAGGCAUAGCCAAUGAGAAGAGUGCCGCAAGACUUAGGGCCAAUCAGCGUGGAUCAUACCAGUAUGUUCAGUAGACAGGGGAACUCUUGGAAAAAAUACAGAGACGCGAUCACCAAAGUGAUCUCUAGACUCGUAAGACGGUGAAAAUAUGAGUUCUAUUGUCUUCUAAAAGUCGAUGCAAGAGAAAACUAAUUCAAGCUCCCAGCCUCCACGGAAUGUGUUAGACACAUUUCCCCUGAAGGCGUUUUGUACGUGGUGCGCCCCGCUUGGUCACGUGAGCCGGCUCCAAGAUGGCGGCAGGGGCGGCUGGGUGGGGGGUUGAGGCAGAGGAGUUCGAGGAUGCGCCUGAUGUGGAGCCGCUGGAACCCACGCUCAGUAACAUCAUCGAGCAGCGCAGCCUUAAGUGGAUUUUUGUCGGGGGCAAGGGUGGCGUGGGUAAGACCACCUGCAGCUGCAGCCUGGCAGUACAGCUGUCAAAGGGGCGUGAGAGUGUUCUGAUCAUCUCCACAGACCCAGCCCACAACAUCUCAGAUGCUUUUGACCAGAAGUUCUCCAAGGUGCCUACCAAGGUCAAAGGCUAUGACAACCUCUUUGCUAUGGAGAUCGACCCCAGUCUGGGCGUGGCAGAACUCCCUGAUGAGUUCUUCGAGGAAGACAACAUGCUAAGCAUGGGCAAGAAGAUGAUGCAGGAGGCCAUGAGCGCCUUCCCUGGCAUUGAUGAGGCAAUGAGCUAUGCUGAGGUCAUGAGGCUGGUGAAGGGCAUGAACUUCUCAGUGGUAGUGUUCGACACGGCACCCACGGGCCACACACUCAGGCUCCUGAACUUCCCCACCAUCGUGGAGCGGGGCCUGGGCCGCCUCAUGCAGAUCAAGAACCAGAUCAGCCCCUUCAUCUCACAGAUGUGCAACAUGCUAGGCCUGGGGGACAUGAAUGCCGAUCAGCUGGCCUCCAAGCUAGAAGAGACACUGCCUGUCAUUCGAUCCGUCAGUGAACAGUUCAAGGACCCUGAACAGACGACCUUCAUUUGUGUGUGCAUUGCUGAGUUCUUGUCCUUGUAUGAGACAGAGCGGCUAAUCCAGGAGCUAGCUAAGUGCAAGAUCGAUACCCACAACAUUAUUGUCAACCAGCUCGUCUUCCCUGACCCUGAAAAACCCUGCAAGAUGUGUGAGGCCCGCCACAAGAUCCAGGCCAAGUACCUGGACCAGAUGGAGGACCUGUAUGAAGACUUCCACAUUGUGAAGCUGCCGCUGUUGCCCCACGAGGUGCGGGGGGCAGACAAGGUCAAUACCUUUUCUGCCCUCCUUCUGGAGCCGUACAAGCCCCCCAGUACCCAGUAGCACCGCCACCAGUCCCAGCCGCUGCCAUUUCACACCCUCCUCACUCCCCACCUGGGCAGAGUUUGCACAAAGUCUCCCAUAGUACAGGGGGAGUCGCUUAGGGAGUGGGAGGCUGGGAGGGGGUCUGUUCCCCCUGGUGGGGCUACAGCGUGCUGAAAUGCCCCCUACCUCUCCCUGCCUCAUGCCCCUCAAUAAAAUAAUCUUAAA